UGCUAAGUGCAUCUGAUGCAGUGGUUUCAUCUGAAUCUUCCUCUUUAUUCGUAUUUAUGGAAUUUGUACUGCCUGCUGCUGCUGAGUUAUCUACAGGCUGUGCUGUCUCUUUAAUUCUGAAUAUUUCUUCCUUCUUCUGGAUUCUUAUAGGCCUUCUGUUUUCCAUGAAAAAUGAAAAAGAGAGAAGCUAAGAGAAAAAUAGACUUGACGUCAAAUAUUCCCAGAAUCGCCCAAGACAAGAUAUCCUUUCUUAUUGAGAAUAUUUCAGACUAUUCCGUUGAUUAUAAUGAACUAAUGGAAGAGUAUGAGAACAAGGACACUUCCACAGAAUAUCUGUUUAUGCUGCCAGAACACAAUGACCCUGCGGUCUAUCAGCUAAUUCCUCUAUUCUGUAUCCACUUUGGAAUAAACCUGUACCAAAUAGAUGAAAAGCUUAGGAUAAAAAGCACUGCUCCUUUCUUUAUCAGAGUCAAAAAAGGCGAUAAAAUGGUUGAAAAAGUUUCUGCAGCAGUUCAACUAGAAAAAUAGAAAUGUACUUUUUCUUAAAAUAAAUUAAUUAAUCAU